UAAUAUUUAACUCUCGUUACGACAAACGACGGAAGCUACAACUUUCUGGUCAAAUACCACGUGAAGUGCAGAGGAAAGUGAUAAUUCCAUUUGAAUUUUCACAUAUUCCGCGUUUCUCACAUUUCUCACGUUAUCAUUCUUUCUAACCACAUCCUACCACCCUUCAUCAACUUCAUAUUCUACUUCGCAGACACACUAUCAGUUCCCCGGAAUAUCGUCAAGAUGUCUGACGACGAUUUCAUGCAAGAGUCGGAUGACGAGCAAUAUGACUUCGAAUACGAAGAUGACGAUGGCGACGAUUCUGGUGAUGUCGAUAUCGAGAACAAAUAUUAUAAUGCCAAGCAGAUGAAGUCUAGCGACCCAGAAGAAGCCAUAGACGAGUUCCUGGGAAUUCCAGCCCUCGAACAAGAGAAGGGAGAUUGGGGAUUCAAAGGAUUAAAACAAGCAAUAAAGUUGGAGUUUCGACUUGGAAGAUGGGAACAGGCCGUAGAACAUUACACCGAACUCCUGACCUACGUCAAAUCCGCCGUCACUCGUAACUACUCCGAGAAAUCCAUCAACAAUAUGUUAGACUACAUCGAGAAGGAGUCGGAAAACGAGGGAGCCCGUAAGGCUAUGGAACAGUUCUACUCAUUGACACUGAACUGCUUUCAGAGUACGAACAACGAGCGUCUAUGGCUUAAGACGAACAUCAAGCUAGCCAAGCUUCUACUUGAUCGAAAGGAAUACCUAUCGGUCACUAAGAAAUUGCGAGAGUUACAGAAGGCAUGUCAAAAGGAAGACGGCACCGAUGACCCCAGCAAGGGUACCUAUUCCCUAGAAAUUUACGCCUUGGAGAUUCAGAUGUACGCCGAGACGCGCAACAACAAACAGCUAAAGGUCCUGUAUCAAAGAGCGCUGAAGGUACGCUCUGCUGUACCACACCCGAAGAUCAUGGGUAUCAUUCGCGAGUGUGGAGGCAAGAUGCACAUGAGUGAAGAGAACUGGAAAGAUGCGCAAAGCGACUUCUUCGAAUCGUUCCGUAACUACGACGAGGCGGGAUCUCUACAGCGAAUCCAGGUUCUCAAAUACCUUCUCCUUACCACGAUGCUCAUGAAGUCGGAUAUCAACCCGUUCGACUCUCAAGAGACAAAGCCGUAUCGUAAUGAUCCUCGCAUUGCCGCGAUGACCGAACUGGUGGAUGCUUACCAGCGAGACGACAUGCACACCUACGUCAGUGUGCUCCAGAAAAACCAAGACAUCUUGGCCGACCCCUUCAUCGCGGAGAAUAUUGACGAGGUGACGCGCAACAUGCGUACGAAGGCUAUAGUGAAGCUAAUCGCACCAUACACGCGCAUGAAGCUUGAAUGGAUUGCACGCCAGCUGAAGAUAUCCGAGACGGAGGUGCAGGAUAUUCUAGGAUUCCUAAUCGUCGAUGGCAAGAUCAAAGGCAAGAUUGACCAGCAAACUGGCAUACUCGAGAUCGAAUCGGAUGGUGACGCCGAGCGUGUGCAGGCUAUGGAAUCUUGGGCUGGAGCCUUAGCUGGAUUGUACGCUACCAUGUUUAAGGACGGUGAUGGUUAUAAGCUUGCCGACCACGCACAGACGGAUGAUGCGACAUUGCCACCCAUGUUUGUUGCGGAAAGUAGCCGCCAGAGAGGUGUUAAGGGCAAGAAGGGUGGUUCUAAGGGUCAUUUCGCCUAGUAUUGGUAGUUUGAGGAAAACUUCAUUACUUUGGCGCUCUGAAGGAGUGUUUGGGAAGUUGAUGGCCAGGUAUCUAUGGUGAUCCACGGCUAUCGCUGACACACCAUACGCCUACACUAUAUGCCUAGUUCCACCACGGAGAUUGGGUCGAUACCCUGAGCUCCUUGGAUCGUUAGUGUGUUGUGCAAUCGUAUUUUUUGCUAACAGUCACUACGACGCAUUCUAGGUAGAUAGGCACAUGAUACCUCAUGAAUAACAUUGCAUAUGAGACGAUGAACUAUUCAGAACAAGCGUCUGCGCUCUUCGAAUGGGAAUCUCUAGAUUUCUCGUAACCUGUGAGGUGCGAAUGCCACCAAGGCACAUCAUCAUAUCUCAAUGGGCCAACCCGCCACCCAAGGAUCCUAGUACACACCAUUUUCUCUAUUAAUCAUUAGAUAUAUAACCACGCCUUGGCCUUGAUAGAACGGGCAAUUCACCAGCUAUCGAAUA